AUGUCACGGCUUGCCGAAGCCCCAAAUUUUAAGCUUGGUUUAAAUCGCAAGGCCGCCAAAUCACGGGUAUCUACCAUCCCAAACAUGCCACAAAAAAUGAAGGCAGCGAAAACGCAAGAGAAGGUCCACUAUAAGUGGCACCCACGCUCUUUUAAUCCUGUCCUCUCUCUCGGAGUCGACCGCCAAAAGGACCGUCACCGAACCGGUCAGCCUCAGGCUCAGUCUCCCCGACCACGUCGUGCUGCACCUGCAAAGCGCGAUUUGUUGCUCACGGCUAUCAGCAACUCAGUAUCGGGCUCUUUCCACUCAUCUGAGCUACUCAGGCAGUGA